AUGCAGAAUGUGGUCAUGCAGAUGACAGAAGAUCCAUGGGCAGCUGAAACAACCAGAUCUACAGAGCAGCUUCACUUCUCAGUGACCAAACUCUGUGGGUACUCUGCUCCAGGCAUGUGUAGCCUCAGACUCCUGAUAGCAGUAGGCUUUCUUCUUUGCUACCUCCUGCUGCACCCUGUGGAUGCCAUUUCAUACAGGAAGCAGACAAAUGUUUCAACACCUCUUGUCUCAGCCUUGGGAUCACAACCAUCUUCCUCAUACCCCUUUUCCUGCCUAACCCUGCUCCCCAAGUCUCUUCCUGGUUUCACUUACAUGACUCCUCUUCCCAAGUACCUGGUAGGCCUGGCUCUGAGGAAUGCCCUGGAGGAAGCUGGCUGCCAGGCUGAAGUCCAGGCCCUGGAUUUUCAGCUCUACCGCUGGGGUGGUCUGAAUGCUACACAGGUCCUCAUCCGCCACCUCCAAGGGCUCCAGAAAGGUGGAAGCGCAGAGAACAGGGUGUCUAUAGAAGCCCUGGCCUCUGCUCUGCAGCGCUUAAAUGGCGACUAUUCAAAGAGGAUUCGUCGCUCCCCAACUACCAAGGACUGUGAGAACACGCAGGAGGAGGGUAUCUACAAUGUCAUCCAGAUGGUGCCAGGUGUGGGAACUUAUUACAAUUUAGGCACAGCUUUGUACUACGCAAUUCAGAAUUGCUCAGACAAGGCCAAGGAACGAGGCAAAAAUGGUGCCAUAGAUCUGGGUUAUGACCUUCUUACAGCUAUGGCAGGAAUGUCAGGGGGGCCCAUGGGUCUAGUGAUCAGUGCUUCACUUAAACCAGCACUGAAGGCUGGGGUAGAACACUUGAUCCAAUAUUAUUAUAAAGAGAAAGCAGCAAGCACCCCUCAGACAGAGACCAGCAAAGCGAGCUUGUGGACCACCUCCUACAUAAGUGACUUGGAAGAAACAGUGACCACAGCUCUUCCCAUAUCCCAAGAAGUAAGUCCAGCUCCAUACUUAGGGUGGGCCUUCUUCAAAAGCUAUGGACACGUUUUGAUGUUUUGAUGUCUGAGAAUGAAUAAAUCAGACAUUCUGGCAUGCUGAAACUUAUGGUAUGUGCUCAA